GUGAGGUUAUAUACGAACGAACGUUUAUUUGGUUUAAUUUGUGUUUAUUAUCUCAGCACGUUGUUUUCCAUAAAACAAUAAUAAAAACUAUUUUAUUAAAUAAUUGAAAAGUACCAAACCAAUUAUGAGUUCACAACGAGGAAAUGCCGUCCGCACUCGUACACAAAAACAUAAAAAUCGUCAUGUCUUUAAAAAUGAUUUGCAUGACAAAACACCACAACAGAAAAUGCUCAAUUCCUUGCACAUUUCCGAAGUUUGUCAACGAUGCAAACAUCAGAUUGAAUGGAAAAUCAAAUACAAAAAAUAUAAACCACUUACCCAACCAAAAACAUGUGUAAAAUGCCAGCAACGAAACAUUCGCAAAGCUUACCAUGUUCUUUGUCGAGAUUGUGCCAAGGCCGAGAAAGUCUGUGCAAAGUGUUUGAAGACUGCCGAAGAGGUUGAAAUUGAACCUGCACAGCCAACGCCAGAAGAGGAACUCAAACUUAAAGUGGAAAUGGAUAAGUUGAUUAAAUCAUUUCCAGAAAGAAAACGUCGUGCUUUUCUUCGUUAUAUGCGAAAGGGUGAAGUUGACAAAUCGGCGGAGAAGAAGGAUGAGAAUGAAGAAACUAGUCCUGUUGAUGGGGAUGAAAAAGAUACUGAUGUUGAGAAACCAGCUCCCAAACGAAUUCCUCACUCUAGAGAUGAUUUGCUUAAGAAGAUCGAAGAACUUAGGAUAGGUCCGGAUGUUGAUUCAGAUUUGGAGGAAUUCACGGAUAGUGAUUAUGAUGAUGAUAGUGAUGACUAUGAGGAGGAGUCUGAUUGAUGGGUAAGCAAAAUGGUAA